GAACAAGACCAGCUACGCAUGACCUAAGGAUGUUUUCUUGGGCCUUCGGUUUGGAGGAGAAAGCGCCGGACGCACCGAGUCAAUUAUGGGAGUCACUGAGAAAACCGUCCCGCGCCCCUCAUAGCAAUGUAGACGCGUCAAAGGAGUUGGCCCCGUCAGGAGGUCACUCUCAUCAUGCCAGGGCUGAAAACCGAAACCGACGAGACGACCCUCCGGGAGGUUACUCUCAUCAUGCCAGGGCUGAAAACCGAAACCGACGAGACGACCCUCCGGGAGGUUACUCUCAUCAUGCCAUGGCUGAAAACCGAAACCGACGAGACGACCCUCCGCGAGGUCACUCUCAUCAUGCCAUGGCUGAAAACCGAAACCGACGAGAUGAUCAUCAGUCUUCCGAUCAUACGCCUAUUCGCCCAGCCAGACCGCCCAGGUCUAGUCCUGGCGUCAAACACCUGGGUGUUCCGCCAAAGCCAAGUGGUCGAAGGACGCCCAGCAGCCGUAGUCAUCUUGGAGGACAUGCCCAUAGAGGUCCAGCGCAAAAAGAGGUUCCUUCCAACGCAGUCGGUACUACUUCUCAACAUACUCAUGCAACGCGCAAGACGCCAUCAAGCAGUACGGUCGAACUUGCGAGUACAACACCACAUGCAACACAUCAUCUGCACAAGACUGGAACGGUACAUCGGCAAACGCCACAAAGCAAUGCUGGUCACCACCACGAGCGGACUGACAAGGCGAAUGCAAUCUCAAGUGGUACGGCCGAAUCCGCAAACAAGAUCGGAGCGCUUACCAGUAUAA